AUGGGUAUAUGCUAAACAAAACCUAAAGUAAAUGAACCUCAAACUAAAAUGAAAAAAAUGAAUACGGAAUAAAGGUUGAUGCCUAAACCAAGUCGUAUAUUAGAUGUCAAUUACAAAUAAAUACCAAACAAAUUUCGAAGAUAACCUACUUAAAGGAGAGUUCAACAGAGUAAUUAAUUCGACUCAGAUACUUAAGGAUUGUUUGGAUUAACCAAUCUAGGGAAUACAUGCUUUUUAAAUUCAGUAUUAUUUAUCCUUAUAAAGUCCAUCUAAGCCUUAUCAAAUACAUAACCAUUAGCUGAUUACUUCAUGUCCUAACUACAUAUCAAAGAGAUCAAUCCUGAAAAUCCACUAUCUUCAUAAGGAAACAUAGUCAAAUCCUUUGCUUAACUCAUUAGGCUACUUUGGUAGAAAGUUGAUUAAUAUUAAUAUGAUGAUAUGAAAGUUUUGAAACCGACAUAAUUCAUUUCAACAAUUGGGAAUUAUAAUCCUAUAUUUGCAGAAGGUACUUAAGAAGAUGCACAUGAAUUUAUUGCUUUUUUAUUAGAUAUGAUACAUGAAGAUUUAAAUAGAAUCAAGAAAAAACCUUAUGUUGAAUAAACUAAAUUUACAAGGUUUCCAACUCAUGAAGAUGCAGAUUAAGAAUGGAAAAAAUAUUUAUCAAGAAAUUAAUCAAUUAUAGUUGAUUUAUUUUAAGGUCAUAUGCUUGAUACUUUAUCAUGUCUAACUUGUAAAUCUUCAAGAUAUUGUUUUGAACCAUUUAUGUAUUUGAGUGUACCAGUUAUGAAUAGAGAAUGUGAAUUAUUAGAAUGCAUUGAAGAAUUCUUAAAAAAAGAAACAUUAAGAGGUGAAGAAGGAUGGAAUUGUACAAAUUGUAAUGCCAGAAGAGAUAGUAGUAAAAAGAUAGAUUUAUGGACAAUGCCAAAUAUUUUAAUUAUUCAUCUAAAAAGAUUUAAAUUUAAUUCUUAAUUUAGAGCUAAAAUCAGAUCUUUAGUCAAAUAUCCAUUAUAAAAUUUAUCUUUUGAAAAUCUUGUUUGUACAAAACAAACAGAAAAACCUUCUUAUGAUCUUUAUGGAGUUAUAAAUCAUAGUGGUACAUUGACUUCUGGACAUUAUACUGCUUAUGCUAAAAACAGAGAUGAUUUACAUUGGUAUCAUUAUAAUGAUGCUUUUGUAUCACCUGUCUAAUAGCCAGAACAUUUAAAUGAUGCAUACUUAUUGUUUUAUUUUAAAAAUAGUGUUGAAGAAUUCAAAAGGCAAACCUUAGAAGGCAUCAACGUAAGCUAAAAAAGAAAAACUCUAAAAAAUACUAUAGCAAUUAAAUAAACAAUGCUUAAUAUGCAAUCUUAAUAAUCUAAUAGUAACAUUUCUGAUCAUAUAAAAAAAAAUAAUAAUAAUAAUAAUAACAAUUUUGCUCCUUCCGUUUCAAGUUAAGCAAAAAAAAAAAUGUUAUUUAGAAAAUAAACCAAGCAUUUUCAAAUCAUAAAAGCAUAAGACUAACCGUCAUUCUAAUAGGAUUCGUCAGUAAUAUAAGAAGAAAAUUGA